CUCUCCCCCAGGGCCAGUCCCUGAGGGUGUGAUCCGAAUCUACAGCAUGAGAUUCUGCCCUUACUCCCACAGGGCCCGCCUAGUCCUCAAGGCCAAAGGCAUCAGGCAUGAAGUUGUUAACAUUAACCUGAAAAGCAAGCCUGAUUGGUACUAUACAAAACACCCAUUUGGCCAAAUACCUGUCUUGGAAAACAGCCAAUCUCAGCUUAUCUAUGAAUCUGUCAUCGCUUGUGAGUACCUGGAUGACAUCUACCCGGGAAGGAAGCUGUUUCCAUAUGACCCAUAUGAACGAGCUCGCCAGAAGAUGCUGUUGGAACUGUUCUGUAAGAUCCCACAUUUAACCAAGGAGUGUCUGGUGACGCUGAGAUGUGGGAGAGAGUGUACAGACCUGAAGACCGCCCUGCGUCAGGAGUUCUGCAACCUGGAAGAGAUUCUUGAGUAUCAGAACACUACUUUCUUUGGUGGAGACCAUAUAUCCAUGAUUGAUUACCUCUUCUGGCCCUGGUUUGAGCGGCUGGAUGUCUACGGACUCUCUGACUGCGUGAGCCACACCCCGAUGCUACGGCUCUGGGUAGCCACCAUGAAGCAGGACCCCGCAGUCUGUGCCCUGCUCAUUGAUAAGAACAUUUUCCUGGGCUUCUUGAAUCUCUAUUUUCAAAACAACCCUACUGCCUUUGACUUUGGGCUGAGCGCCCCCGCCAUACGGUAAUCACUGCAUUGCCCAGGGUUCUCAGUACGUCUGAUCUGCAUCCUGGCUUGUCUUGGGGGUCAGUGCAUUUCUGUUCUUU